UUUGUUGCUUCCGGGUUAGUGUGGAGUCCUCAUUCUGGAUGAUGCAUUAGGGCACUUUGGAAGGGAGCGCAGAGUUUUGCUGUAACUGGAGCUCAGAGAACGCACAAGUUGGAAGCUUGGUGAAGUAGCAGUGGCACGCGACCCAAAGGCAGCAUUCAAUGUAAGAAACCAGAGUCAAGGCUAACAACAAAUCUAGAACGGUCAGAUGAGCAAUGCUGUUGUCUUUAGAACGCCUUAUAAGAAUUCAGCACUGGGAUUCUAGACAAAUACUACUCAACUGGAGUACUACUCAAAUACUACGGUCACUGGAACUGCAAUGAAAGGGAAUCCUACAAAGUGUUGGACUUUUCUCCGAUGACAGCUCAUCACCAUGAAUAUGCCAAUCUUCAUAGCUGCUGGUCUCCUCAUACAUUGUGUGUUUCUGAUCUCGAUUUUUGACAUUUACUUCACUUCUCCUUUGGUUCAUGGCAUGACUCCUCAUCAGACUCUGCUGCCGCCACCUGCAAAGCGCCUAGUUCUUUUUGUUGCUGAUGGCCUGCGGGCAGAUUCCCUCUACGAACUGGAUAACAAUGGCUCUUCUAUAGCUCCUUACCUGAGGAAUGUUAUAACAUCCAAAGGCAGCUGGGGAGUAUCUCAUACUCGUGUCCCAACGGAAUCUAGACCAGGGCACGUUGCCCUCAUAGCUGGAUUUUAUGAGGAUGUCAGUGCUGUUGCUAAAGGGUGGAAAGAAAACCCAGUGGAAUUUGAUUCGCUUUUCAAUGAAAGUCAAUACACUUGGAGUUGGGGGAGUCCCGAUAUUCUCCCUAUGUUUGCUAAAGGUGCCAGUGGGGAUCAUGUGUACACCUAUUGUUAUGAAGCUAACAGUGAAGACUUCGGAGCAGAAGAUGCCACCGUACUCGAUACUUGGGUUUUUGACCAUGUCAAGGAUUUUUUCAGCUCUGCUGGAAGAAAUGAAACGCUGCUUUCUAAACUGCACGGGCAGAAAAUAGUUUUCUUCCUUCAUUUAUUAGGGAUAGACACAAAUGGACAUGCUCACCGACCUCAUUCAAGGGAGUACAAAAGGAACAUCAGGAAGGUUGAUGAAGGUGUGAAAGAAAUUGUGUCACUAGUUGAAGAUUUUUAUGGAAAUGAUGGCAACACAGCUUUUAUCUUGACCUCAGACCAUGGAAUGACAGAUUGGGGAUCUCAUGGGGCUGGUCAUCCUUCAGAAACAUUGACACCAUUAGUUGCUUGGGGUGCAGGAAUCGAAUCUCCACAACGAGUCUCUUCCCAACAAUUUGAAGAUAAAUUUUUAGAAGAGUGGAAACUGGAAACCUGGAAGCGACAGGAUGUCAACCAGGCUGAUAUUGCACCACUGAUGGCUUCUCUCAUUGGAGUCCCUUUCCCCCUGAACUCUGUGGGAAUUCUGCCUCUGGGAUACCUGAACAACACAGCUCGUUUUAAGGCAGAAAGCAUCUUUACAAAUGCCGCUCAGAUCCUCCAACAGUUCAAGGUUAAGAUGGCUCAGAAGAAGAAAACAACAUUACCGUUUUUGUUCUCACCAUUCAGGCCUCUUUCUGAUUCAGAGCAAACAGACUUUCUCAGAAAAGCAAGGACUUAUAUUCAACAUGAAAAAUACAAGGAAGCGGUGUCUCUUUGCAGUGAGCUGAUCAGCCUUGCUUUAGAAGGGCUGUCCUAUUAUCACACCUACGACCGGUUUUUCUUAGGCAUCAGCGUUGCCCUCAGUUUUGUGGGGUGGACCUCUUACGUGAUUCUGGUCAUUGUAAAGGAACAGGGAAGUCUGAUCUGGAGUGCCCCAAACAGAGAGAUCAGCAGUCUUCUCCGAUACGCGUUUCCUGCUGUUGGCGUACUGAUAGUAAUUUUUCUGCUCGUUCAAAGCUUGCCGUGGACUUAUUACAUUUAUUGUCUGUUACCGGUACCAAUAUGGUUUGCAGUUUUAAAAGAUUAUCCCGUCAUUCAAGCACUGGCCUCAUCCCUCCUGAACGUUCCGUGGGCUCAUUCUGUUGGGUUUCUACUGGCAUCCACUGUGGGAAUUGAAAUAUUGGUCUUGUCCUUCUUCUACCAGCCCACACUCAGCUUUGCCUUGAUGACCUUUUCAAUGUGGCCUUUGGUCAGCCGGCUGUGGACCCAAGCAAAGACAACGGUUCUAAGCUGGAUUCUGUCGUGUUUGCUCCUGUCGGUCUUCCCCUGGCUGCCUGUUGUAGGAAGAGAUCAAAAUAUUCCUCUGGUGACGGCGGCAGGCUUGUUGGUCUUCCUGUCUUCAUCCUGCCUGGUGGCCUUGCUUUGGAAAAGCAAGAAAAAAUACCUGCGUAGUAAAGAUCUUCAACUGUAUCUCCUUCAGUUGCUGAGCUUGGCACUUUCGGCUUAUGUUGUAAAAAACACUCACAGCAGUCUUGAAAGCAAACAAGGCUUGCCUUUAAUAAAUCAAAUUAUAAGCUGGACAACAUUAGCUUCAUCCUUGGUGGUGCCCCUGUUAAGCUCCACCGUGCUCUUUAUGAGGCUGCUGAGCAUAUUCCUUUCGCUGAUGUCCGUGUACCUUCUGCUUAGCACAGGAUGUGAAGCCCUUUUCCCACCAGCCUUGGCUUUGUUGAUGACCAUGUGGAUCAUUGUGGAACAAGAAGCCCAGCAAGGUUACAGAGCUUCACCGAAGCCCAAGCUCGCUGCCCUCAGCUUUUCACACGCCUCUGAAAUAACUGCGUUUCGACAACUCCACGUGGAUGACAUCAGGCAAUCUUUUUUCUUCGUAUCCUUUUGCAUCGUUAUCCCUUUUGUUCUUGUGUCAUGUGCGUUUGAAGCUGUUCAAGUCACAACACAGCUACCAUCGAAAAGGCUUUUUCUCAUUGUUCUUGUGAUUUCAGACAUCAUGGCUUUGCAUUUCUUUUUCCUGGUUAAAGAUUAUGGAAGCUGGCUGGACAUCGGAACAAGCAUCAGCCACUAUGUCCUUGUCAUGUCCUUCACCAUCUUCUCGAUGCUGUUAAGCGGAGUGGCCCAUCUGCUGACCACAAAGCGACUAGAGCUGUGGGAAGGAACCAAGGACCAUUCGUUGUGACCAAACAAUGGAGACUUUAAAAAAAAAACCUUCAGUCAACCUGAGAGAUGAAUACAGAUGACUUUCAAGAAUCCCUGGGAAACUUGAUGCUACAGAGGGUACCUUGACAUGUACACAUUCCUUUAGGAUCGGAGUCUUAUUUACAUGCACACACAGAAUAUGGUGCACGUUAGGAUGGAUUUUGUGCUUGAUAGCUCUGUUGUGAAUCAGAUCGUCACCAGAACAUCUAAGAAGUCACCUUGGAAAGUAAGACAAGCUUGUUCUGAAGCCCGUUGCUCGUAGGCAAAGCAAGCAUUUUGCCCACUGGGUCUCCUAAUCAGUGUUCCCUUCUGGAAUUAAUAAUGGAUUGGAUGCAGGAACAUCAGCCUUACUCUGUAUGCACUCCUUGGAGGUCUUCUCUCACUUUCAAAGAAAAGUCACAUUUGGAUGCUUUCAUAUGUGUGAUAAGGCUGAAACAGACUUUUAUUAUUCUACUCGUUUUGAAGACGGUAUGCGUCCUUUUAUACUUCUGGGAGAAUUGUCCUUUUUAUAUAAGAAAAUAUUGUGGGUUAAUUUUACUUUUUGUCGCAGUUGUUUAUUGAGGGUUUCCCUCUCUGGUAUACUUGAAAAACCCGGAUCUCUUCAUGGACACAGCCAAGGGUGGAAUUUUGUUGCACUGGGAUCUCACCGUUCUUAGAAGCUCAGGAGUUCCAUUGUUAUGCUUAUCCUCUGACUUACAUUUGAAUGAGAGACGCUGAUCUGCCCAAAGGCUAUCAGGAAGAUGCAGAGAGGAGCAAGGACUGAAAUUUUUCCCCGUUCUCACUGGCACUCUGUUCACUACAAUGAAUGAAAAAUUAGUCAAGGUGCUGGGAAUCCUUUAUAGCGGUGGUUCUAUACCAGUGGUGGCGAACCUUUGGCACUCCAGAUGUUAUGGACUACAAUUCCCAUAAGCCCCUGCCAGCAUGGCCAAUUGGCCA